AUGUCCACCACUCUCGUCAAGAGCGGACCCUCUCAGCAGCCCGCGCUCAAGGCCGCGGUGCCCGCGAUUCCUCUGGUCAACUCUCCUCUAGCUCUACCUGCAUCAAUUGCACAUGCGGCACUUCUUAGUGGUCUUUUCUACUGGCGAUUUGAUGCCCUGGUGGCUGAUCCCGUCUCGACCCUCCAGACUGGUCUUCCUGUAGUCGCUGCUAUCCAGGCUGUCUACUUGAUGCUGAGUCUUCCCCCCGCGGGAUCUUCGUUGUCAUCUAAGAAGCUGCGCCCUGGUGAGAAGAAGAAGUCUGCUGAUGGACGGGAAGCAAAGGCUAUUCCUACCGCGGUUAUCUCCUUGCUCCUCGCCCUCAUCCUGACGCCCGCCCUCCAUAUCCUACUUGUCCUUUUCGGCGCGCCGUUUCUUACUCACAUCCCGCACACGCUCUUGUGCUGCGCGCACAUUGCUGUCCUCGCUAUAUACCCCGUCUUCUACGUCCGCGGUUCCGACCCCGUUCCUCUGCAGGCUGUGAUUGGAGUUUCGGCACCCUUUGACCAGACCUUUGGCGGCUUCGUCGGAACCGUCGUUGGAGCGUGGCUUGGAGCCGUCCCUAUCCCUCUCGAUUGGGACCGCGAGUGGCAGAAGUGGCCCGUUACAAUUGUUGCUGGUGCCUACCUUGGAUAUAUCGUUGGUUCUCAGCUUUUGGGCAAUGUCCUCUUUGGAAAACGCUGGGCUGUUACCCCUGAGAUCAAGGAGGAAUAA